AUGGCAACAGAAUAUGGUCAGCCUUUUUCACCUGAAGAAAUUGGAUUUGCACUCAGGGACACAAAGCCUGGUAAAGCACCAGGAUUUGAUAACAUAAAUCCAGAAUUCCUUAUCAACUGUGGAAAAUAUGCUAAAGUAUGGCUGGCAAGAUUUUUCACUGAUAUUAUGCAGACAGGUAACAUACCAAAGGAAUUGAAGCAAUCAAAAAUAAUAGCAAUUUUGAAGCCUGGAAAACCUGCAGACUUGCCAGCAAGCUAUAGGCCUAUAGCAUUACUAUCAGUACUCUUCAAAUUACUGGAAAGGCUAAUCUACAACAGAAUUUGUCAGAAGAUCUUUGAUGUAAUACCAAUUGAACAGGCUGGUUUUAGACCAAAGCGAAGCACCUGUGAUCAAGUUCUGUCACUUACCACAUUCAUUGAAAGAGGAUUCCAGGAGAGGCUUAAAACCUCCGCUGCUUCCAUCGACUUGUCUGCAGCCUAUGACACAGUUUGGAGGGAGGGUAUGAUAUAUAAGUUUCUUCAGGUAAUCCCAUGUAAACUGACAGCUCGUCUUCUAAACAACAUGCUGAGUGAUCGUACAUUCCAAGUCAUCAUGGGUGCCAACAAGAGUACACAAAGAAAACUGAAAAAUGGCCUGCCACAAGGCUCAGUCCUUGCACCUUUGCUCUUCAGUCUUUACAUUGCUGACUUGCCAGAGACUCAGUCUAAAAAGUUUGGCUAUGCUGAUGAUUGGGUACUAGCAACUGGGUCUAAAUCAUUUGAAGAAGCAGAGGAAGUCUUAACUCAAGAUCUGGAAAAACUUGGAAGAUAUUUUCGACAAUGGCGCUUGAAGCCAAACGCCAGCAAGACAGAGGUUUCAUGCUUCCACCUAAACAACAAACUUGCCAAGAAAGAACUCAAAAUUCAAUUUGAGAACACAUUGCUCCUCCAUAACAGCACUCCUAAAUACCUCGGCGUAACACUCGAUAGAACUCUCUCCUUAAAAGCCCACUUAACAAAAACAGCGGAAAAGUUGAGGACCAGGAAUAAUGUUGUUCAAAAGCUUUGUGGAACUAGCUGGGGGGCUUCAGCUUCAACCCUGCGCUCAACAGCUCUGAGUCUUGUAUUUUCUGCUGCUGAAUAUUGUGCACCUGUGUGGCUAAACAGUCCUCACACACACAGAAUAGAUGCCCAACUCAACAAUACAAUGGGAAUGAUUAGUGGAGUCAUCAAAUCAACACCUACUGAAUGGCUUCCAGUUCUAAGCCACAUACCACCACCAAACCUGCGUCGUAAAAAUGCUCUCAUCAGAGAAUUUGAAAAAAUUUCAAAUAACCCAGACCUGAGAAUACAUGAGGAUAUUGAAAAUGCAAAUAAAACCCGCUUGCGAUCAAGAAAGCCACCAACAAAAACUGCAAUCGAUACUGCUACAGAACAGAACUUCAAUUUGCUUAGUGCAUGGCAGCAGGAAUGGACUAUGAAGCAGCGAGAUCAAAUCCCAUGGUUCUCCCAAAAGCCACCAGGUUUUGGCUUACCAAGGAAAGCUUGGUCGACUCUAAACAGAAUUAGAACCAAGCACGGUCGAUGUGGUGACUUGUUGUAUAAAUGGGGCAAAAUACCAUCGCCCUCCUGUGAAUGUGGGGAAAAACAAACAAUUGACCAUAUAGUGAAAGAGUGUGCAAUCACAGCCUUCAGAGGAGGAACAGAAGAAGAUUUCUUGAUGGCAACUCCAGAGUCAAUAGCUUACUUAAACGGACUGGAUAUAUGA